AUGUGUCAUAUAAAAUCUCCUUCAUCAUCAAUUACAAUCGAACAUAUUAUUGAAAAUCCAUCGAAUGGAAUUUUUUAUUCAAAAUUUACUUUCUCCACUUAUUCCUUACAUACAAUUAUUCAUAAAAUCUCAUCCAGAAUUCUUCGAUAUGCAUAUCAAUGGACAAAAUCAAUAAAUAUAUCAUCAUUAUUUGCUAAUCUACAAUUUAAAAUUAAGAAAAAUCUAAAUAUUAUCGAGAUAUAUUUCAUUGAUUUGCUCGAAUAUUUAAUACCUUAUCAUAACGAUGAAUUAAUUCGUUUACUUGACAAUUUAUUAUAUAAUGAAGAAGAAAAUAAUCUUGAAAUAUUUGUUAAAUAUCAAAAGUUUGAUUUAGAAUUUAAAGAUUCAGAUGAUAUUCUAUGGCAAAUGCUAUCAACAUCAAAACAAAUCAAACAUAUUCAACCAAAUAUUGAUGAAAAUAAAGUUCGAAUGUUACAUGAAAAUGUUGCUCAAAAUCAAGAACAAUAUAAAGCUUAUAAACAAAAGAAACGCGAAGAAUUGAAAAAGAAUUUAUCAGAAACUUCUAUGAUUACGACAAAUCCAUCUGUUGAAUAUCAAAGUGCUUCUGGUGAACAAUGGGUUAAUGAAUAUCUCAAUGGAAAAUAUCGUAAUAAAAUUCAAUUGAAUGAAACAGAAAUCAUAUGGCUUAAUGAAAAAUUAGAACAACGAAAACCAUAUAAUUUUAUUUUAACAAAAAUCUUAAAUCAAAAAUAA